AUGGUUGGUAUAAUGACAGCCAAGAAAUUCAUCGAUUCUCGAGGCUUGUCUGCUUUCCGCACGUGGUACAGUACUAUCAAAGGCAGAGUGAACUUUUUCUCGAGUGAAGGAUCCACGUCUGAUUAUGGAGUGCCAGUUAUCGCCCUUCAGGGAGUGGACGAUUCCUACCCUCCUCAGAAAAAAUCGUUCCUCAUGUUGAAAUACAUGCACGAUCAUUUCAUUGACGAUUACGAAUGGUUUGUACGUGCUGAUGAUGACGUUUUCAUCAAGGGAGAUAAGUUGGAACAAUUCCUUCGGCGUAUCAACAGUUCGCGGCCAUAUUUUAUCGGCCAGACAGGAAUUGGGAAAAAAGAGGAGCUAGGGAUGUUAGCCAUGACGGAGGCAGAUAAUUUCUGUAUGGGUGGACCAGGGAUUAUAUUCAGUCGUGAAACGUUGCGCCGUAUGGCUCCCCAUAUCGGUUACUGUUUGAACAAUCUCUAUACUACCCAUGAAGACGUGGAGGUCGGACGGUGUGUUCAGAAAUUUGGAGGAACUCAGUGUACUUGGUCGUAUGAGAUGCGGGACAUUCUGUAUCAGAAUUAUCAGGAAUAUCACGGCUCAUACAAGGAAUCCCUUAAAAAACCGGAAGUGGAAAAUGCUGUGACGUUACAUCCGGUGAAGGAACCAGUAUAUCUAUUCCGAGUUCAUUCAUAUUUUAUGUCAACUAAAGUAAUGCGCCUGCGUCAAAAAAUGAUAAAUUUGAAUAACGAAAUUGAUAUGGUAGAAUCAGCGAUUGCAAAACGUGAUGAUAAAAGCACUGUCUCAUCUCGUUGGGAAAAAUACAAACCUUAUUCCGUUUCAGAAGUCAUAUCGUGGGAUUAUAUAACUCGUUCUGUAUUCUCUCCAUCCCAUAAUAAUCCACAACAUGGCAUCGAAAAGUCAGCGGUGGCCGCCUUCACUGACAUGAAACAACAAAUUUUAUUGGAUUUAAACAAGGACAAAAAGACUUCAGGAAUCACGAAGGAAAUAAAAGACAUGCUUCAAUGUUACAGAAAAAUUGACCCUCAGUAUGGUUCCAACUACGUCAUGGAUCUCAAAAUAAUGACUCGUAAACCGAAAGCUCGUGCCGUAACGGCACCCCAACGGUUUUCAUUCCAACAGACUUUUUCGGAAAUUUUAUUGAUGGAAGAAAAUCUCGAGAAUUCUAUAGAAAAUAUUAGUUUCUCUUCUAAAAUAGUCAAACUUUUUCAAACGUUGUCGUUUUCUAAACCAGUGAACAAGCGCACAGAGAAAAUUCAUUUUAUUAUGCCUCUUGCAGGCAGAUUGAAAAUAUUCGAAAGAUUUAUGCGGAAUUUUGAAUUGGUUGGUCUCCAGUCCGACCAAAAUGUGACUUUACACGUGGUGUUAUUCCAUAGUGAACGUGAAAAUGUUGAAAGUGAUAUAAUCCGUGUGAUACACUCUUAUCAAGCCAAAUAUGGGAACAAAGUGGAGCUAAUUCAAGCACGUGGACCCUUUUCACGUGGAAGAGGGAUCGAACUCGGUGCAUCUCGAUGUCAUAAUAGUGCUUUAUUAUAUUUUGUGGACGUGGAUAUUAUCAUGACACAAGGUUCUUUAAGGCGAAUUCGAAUGAACACAAUUCAGAAUUCGCAAGCAUAUUUUCCAAUAGUGUUUAGUCAAUACGAUCCGGUUACGGUUUGUCUGAACGACACGCCGUAUUGUACAUGCGAAGACGGAAAGUGCCACAUUGACAGCUACGUCGUGGAGGAGGACGCCGGAUAUUGGAGACAGUUUGGGUUCGGGAUUGCGUCGAUGUAUCGCAGUGAUAUGGUCAGUGUGGGAGGUUUUGAUCUGACGAUUGAGGGGUGGGGCAAGGAGGACGUGGACCUUUAUCAGAAAUAUUUAGAAAGCAAUUUAACAAUAUUCCGAGCCGUGGACCCGGGAAUGACUCAUGUAUACCAUGAAAUAUAUUGUGACUCGAAUCUAGAGAGAAGUCAGCUGAUAAUGUGCAAUAAUACCAAAUCUAAGAGUUACGGUGGAAUGCAGUUCGUGUCUAACUUUGUUUAUUCCACAAAAAGUUUGUAUGAUAGGACGGAACAGUUUUUAUUAAACGUUAAUAAAUAG